AUGCGCAGUCGACAGUUUCCAGCUUCCGGUUUUCAAGUGUUCAGUAUGCUGUCCCGCACAGCAAGGGCGUGCCUUGCACGCCUGCAGCCACAGAUUGAAACAUCCCAAACUCUUCUAAAAGCCACACCUGUACUAGCAACAAAAGUAGCAUCAAUUACAUCAGCUCAUGGGAAACCUCGUGAAGGGAUGAUACCACCAUGGCCUUACAGGACCAAACCUUACAGAAUGUGGCACCAGUUUCUCACCUUUGAAUCAACGAUGAAACGCAUGGAUGAAAAUGCCAAAAUUAUCUGCGUCGAUGGGAAUAUUGGUGUCGGUAAAACAGAAUUUUCUAAAAAAUUAGCCAAAGAACUUGAUUUUUGGUAUGUGCCAGAAACUACCGAUACUGAUGUCUACACUUUAGGAGAUUUUGAUUUGAGGGAAUUAAACAAAUUUUUACCUCCAAACGCCAGGAUGUACGACAUGGCAGACUUUUAUGGUGGAUAUGAGUCAAUGGGAGGAAAAGUUGGAGGGUUGCAAGUUAGGAUGUAUGUGCAAAGAUUCUACAAGUAUGCAGAAGCUUUAGUGCAUGUUCUUAACACAGGCCAAGGAGUUGUUUUGGACAGAUCAGUAUGGAGUGACCUGGUGUUCGCUGAAGUUUUGAACAAGAUGGGUUACAUCUCAAAAGAUGCAUUGAAGUACUACUACAUGAUCAGAGAAAACAGUCUUUGUGAACUUUGGGCACCACAUCUCACCAUAUACCUAGAUGCUCCAGUGUCAACUCUACGAGAGCGUAUCAUUAAGAGGAAUAAGCCCAUGGAAGUAAACAGCAAGAUUUUGAAUGAUGAUUUCCUGACUAACAUGGAAAAGGUCUAUAAGAAUAAGUUCAUCCCCCAAAUGAGAAAGUUUGGAGAAGUGGUCGAGUACAACUGGCAAGAUUACGGUCCAGAAUGGGAUAUUCUCGUUGAAGAAAUAGAACAGCUCAAACUGGAACCUGACCUAAAUGAAGAUGCCAAUAAAUUCAGUGAUUGGGAAAUUAAUCGCGAGGAUGACUGGAGUUUCUACAGACGAUAUUUUAACAACAAAGUGGCACUAGACAGAUUGUUUUCUCGUCCAUUCUGGUAUGACCGUUGCCCUGAAAUGUUCCCCACAGGAGAUGAUGCUUAUGCCAUCCUUGAAAUCUUAGACAAGCAUCCUUGCACUCAAUUCAGGCCAGGAUUUAGGAAGGAGCUUGGUGAAAAAGAAAUAUUAUGGAACUUGGGCAUAGACAAAUAGGAAAAUUGACUUUAGGAAAUAUCUCUACAAUAUCUAGAUAACUAGAUAAUCAUGUAUCCUACUAGAACAUGCUGGACAAUAGAUUGUGUGAUAAACUUAGACUCUUGAAUUUCGCUUUGGAUAAGUACAAAGAGUGUACCUACCUUUAUGCAUGCUCUUAGGUGUUGAACGAUUUCAUUGUUUGAUGCACCUAUAGAUUGUAGCAUUUAAUGUCAUGCCAAAUUGUAUAUUUAUUGUGGUAAACAAUACUGAAUUAAACAAACGGUUGUAUUGGUUAUAAGUUUAGUUUUUUGUUUGGUAUUAUGUCACCACCAAAAGUGGAAAUAUAUUUUACUUAUGGCCUCCAACUUUAUUGU